AUGGCAAUGCAAAAGAGUAUUUUCUAACAGGAAGGGUGUAAUGCAUGUGUUUUUUAUCAAAUUUUAGUGUAUAUUUUAUGUGGCUGUUUAAAAAUAAAUUGCAAAACUAGUGGUAUGUACCCAAUUUGUAUGCUUUAAAAUCCAUUGAUUAAGUUUAAAGGGGCAUUCUUUCUGAGAUAUUAGAAAGCAAAAAUGUUACAAUAUCAGUUUAUUAAAUAUAUAGUGUAGAUGGUGCCCAUGUUGUAUGAAACUUCCACGUCAGACCAAUUUUAAAUCCUAGUCGUGAAUGACAAGUAGAUAAAUGUAAAUUAAAGUCAAAUGGUUAAUUCUGAAUUGUGAUGAAGAAAUUCAGCUUGAUAUAUGGUUUAUGAAACUUUCUGUUGCAAUGGACUUCUAACAUGCUUACUCUUUGUUUUAUUAGCUGUCUAUUGCUGCUGCAUUCCUGUGUAUUUGAUCUAGCAGUGCUUCUGGAAGAACUUGGGAGACUGGUAAUAAGCUUAUUUUUAAACCAAAAAAAAUAAUUUUCACAACUUGUUGUGAAAUAUGGCUCUCUAUGUAGGAAUCUUGAUUCAGCUCCACCCAGUGCACAGUUUUAUCUUAGUUUGUUUUUCAUUUGUUAGGUAACAUGAUAUAUAUUUGUGUGUGUAUAUCUAUCUAUAUCUCUAUCUGUGUCUGUCAUAUUUAUCCCAAAAGAGUGCACUCGAUUGGUUUGAUCAGGAGUUUCCUGGGCUUUUAUUUACAUAUUACAAAUUAUGCAUAUGUUGUGAUAAUUCCAUAUGACUAAAAUCUUGAUGAUGAACUGUGUAUACAUCAUUUGGAUAUUUAGCAGCUAUUUCCUGGGCUUUUAUUGACAUAUCGUAGAUUGCACUCGUUUUGGAUAAUUGUGGCUUUCAAGUUUGCACACUACAUACAUACACAUGUCCAAGUUACACCCUAGGACUAGUGAACCUCUUGCACAUUCCUACUGUCAUAUCUUUGCUGUGCUAUUCUGUAACCUUCAGUAUCCUCUCACUGAAUAAAAAAAUUGAGAACCUAGAGUAGGGGUAGAAAGGCUGCAAUCUUAUUUGUUAGGCAGCCUUUCUGACUGCUUUUGGAGAAAUUAAAGCGGCACUGUUGCUGUCUAAGGACUUUGUAGAAUUUGCAAAGAACCCCUGACAUUGCCGCUUGGUGUUUGGGGGGGCGGGGGGGGAGAGAGAGACAGGUAAAGGUUUUACUUACCCAAACUUGUCCUUUGCUGACGUGGUCAUAUUCACCUUCUGGUGCCUCUGGUGCCCGGAGCCAACGUCACUGCUGAACUCUUGCACUUGUGCGAGAGCACAGCAUUGAGGUGACCGCUGGGAGGGAUUGACACUUCUAGAUACUGGGCAGAGAUACCGCUGUCUAGAAGUGUCAGGCGUAGGAAAUAUACAAAAAUAAAGUAGUCCCUGCUUCGUCUCCGUAUAUAUCUCUUUACUAGGUUGGAAUUUUAGUGAAAUUCCGACAGGCAUAAUGAGCAUUUCAUAAAGAUUCUACCUCUAUGAAAUACGGAUUUUUAGCGUUCGGGGUGACUGUCGCUUUAAGGAGUUGCUUCUGGAAAGAAAUGUACAUCUACAUGACUGAAAGUAUUACAAGUAGUCAAACUAUUUAUGAAUCAUUAUUGGUUAUUGCAAACUCUGAUGUUUUAAAAUAAAACUAAAAAGGAUUAGUUUGCAAUAAGCAACAAUGAUUCAUAAAUACUGUGACUAUAUUCAGUCAUGUAGAUGUAAAACCUGUUGUGCAUUUUUUAUUUCUCUCAUCUGAACAUUUCCGUAAGAUAGAUGUGGUCAUGAUAUACCCUGAGCAGUGGACACUGUAGGCAUACUUAUAAGAUUUUGAUUAUUUUCUAAUGUUUAGUGCCCAUUUUAUAUAAUUGUUUACGAAGGUGUAAAAGACGAAGACAAUCGGUACAUUUACCUCCUUUGUUGGGUCUUUGUCUCUAUUUACUUGUCUAUCCAAUAUGCACACACUGCAUGCUGGCGUUUCCAGUAAGGUGGCCUUGGAUAUGUCUAGGUAUAUUGGUACUAAAACCAAAUACACUGGAGUGACCUCAACAUGUUCAUGGAGAAUACUUGUUAGCCUGAUGUGUUUGCACUUUGCAGAUGAAAGAAACAGUGUGUAAACUUUUAAUAUUAUCUGUUAGGGGAGCAGACAAAUGCACUGAGAAAGAGCUGCUUAAUUGACGUGUUAUAAAGAGCCAGACAUGAUGCAGUAAGUGGCUUUUAGCGUAUUAAAAAUAAUUUCUUUCCAAAAUUGCUCUGCUCCACUUAAUUUCUUGUGUAAUGAAAUGCAUCCAAUGCUUUGGUGAACAAUUUGCAAAUCUUGUCAGAUUUCAAUAGAACGUUUUUUUAGUUGCCUGAAUGCAAGCAGUGCUUUGCUGUUCUUGUGUUUUGUUUUUAAGCAUCAUGUAAUGUUUAUAUUGCCCAUAUUGAGACAUUAGGGGGAGCAAUGGAGGCUGGUCGAAAUGGUCAGUUAUGGUAACCCCUCCUGUUUUGUUGAAUCCUCUUACCCCACACACACACAAAUAUAUUUGCAUUGUAAGGACAACUGAUAAGUGUGUGCUAGAAAAAACAGGUGCUUGUUAUGAUUGUCUGUAGUUUCCAUUAUCCCAUUUAUUGAUGUCUAGAGAUGCAGCUGGUUGGGAACAAGGCAUGGCAUUAAAUUGGUUUAAGUAGGUAAAACCCAACAAGUCACUCCACCAUUUUUAAACUUCACCAACUGACGCUGUUAGGGAGUUAUUCCAUGGAUCCUUUAUUUUUCAUGCAGACCUUUUUUCUUAUUUAUCUAACAAAUUGAUUUUAAAUGGUACCUUACUUUGCUGGAAAGUAAUGCCUGUAUAAUUUGUUUCAUAGUGUUCCAUGUAUUGUUGUUUAUCAGAGUAUUGUUACACCUGUGACAUUAAUUAUUAAUGUGGGGAAAAUCAUUUAAAAAAAAAUCUAUAUGAAACUAUUAAUUUGAUCAUCGAAAGAUCCCUCCUCCAAGUUCCUUGAAGUAACAAACCACAUGGUCCUUGUGUAAUGUUUUAUGCUUUGCGCAAAAGUUUUUGAGUAUUCUACAUUCAUGUAGUGUAAAACUGCUGCGCGUUUUUAAAAAAUUAUUUUUGCAUUCUAAUUUUAAUGUUGACUUUUAUAUUGUAAAAAAAACCUGCUGAAAACUCUACCUACCUUUUGUGUUUCCUAAUACCAUCUUUACUACGGGUGGUUCCAGACUUUUCCCACCCAUCUUCUAUACUGGGGAUUCAUUAACCCCUUAAGGACACAUGACAUGUCUGACAUGUCAUGAUUCCCUUUUAUUCCAGAAGUUUAGUCCUUAAGGGGUUAAAGAAGAAAAAAUAAAAAUAAAUAAAUAGCCCCUGUUGGUUCAUAGAUAAACCCCCAUCCAUUUAUGUUCUCUGUAUCAAGCCAUUCUUCUUUGCAGGGGGAUCAUGCUUCCCCUUUUGUUAUAGGCUUCUGCCUAAAUUACUCUCCCCUUCACUGUUGAUAUCUGGUUCAGAUCACAAACCCUCCACAUUGAUUUCUUCAUUCUUAGUGUUAAUGGUUUAAAAAUAUUGCUUUUUACAUGUCAUUAAUUUUAUGUUCAUUUGGAUAUCACUUGUAGAUCACUGAGGAGUAAAUAGCUUUUUUUCAUUUUUUUUUUUUCAUUUUAAAGUAUACAUUUAAAUAAACAAACAAAAAACCUGUUUAUAAAGUUUGUCUCAUGUGGACGUGCCUUUUUUCAUCUGCAGGUGUGUGUUGUUUCAACGCAGCAUGGCUGUGGUCAUCCGUUUGCAAGGUCUGCCAAUUGUGGCGGGGACCAUGGACAUUCGCCACUUCUUCUCUGGAUUGACCAUUCCUGAUGGUGGUGUGCAUAUUGUAGGGGGUGAGCUGGGUGAGGCUUUCAUCGUUUUUGCUACUGAUGAAGAUGCACGGCUUGGUAUGAUGCGCACAGGUGGUACAAUCAAAGGGUCAAAGGUGUCCUUAUUGUUAAGCAGUAAAACUGAAAUGCAAAAUAUGAUAGAGCUCAGUCGCAGGCGAUUUGAAACGGCAAAUGUCGAUAUGCCACCUGCAAACUCUAACCGGUCUGGACCGCCUCCUAGUUCUGGGAUGGCCAGUAGUUCUGUGAUGACCAGAGUAAAUUUGCCAACAACGGCACCAAAUUUUAGUAGCCCUCCUACAAGCACAGUUUCUACUGUUACUUCUGUUCCUGAAAGUAAUAAGAAUGUCCCAACACUUACAACUGCCAGUGUUGGGAAUGCACCACCAAACCUAGGUGCAGGCUUUUGUAACCCAACAUUUGCUUCUACUAUGCCUAGUAGCACCACCCCUCUUCCUACAGUACCACCACCACCUAUUCCUCCUAUGCCUACAAUGCCAGCUUUGCCACCCAUGCCUUCCAUUCCCCCAAUGCCUGUUCUACCCCCUGUACCAACAUUACCCCCAGUUCCUCCUAUACCUCCAGUUCCUCCAGUGCCACCUAUGGCCCCACUUCCUCCAAUAUCUUCGAUGCCACCCUUGAAUCCACCACCUGUGGGGCCAUUGCCUGCUGGAUUGAAUGGUGCUGGUUCUGCUAUGAAUAAUAGUAUGAACCCUAUGUUUCUUGGUCCUGUAAAUACUAUGCAGUUAAAUUCUCCAAAUACAAUGAAACCACCACCAAUUAAUCAUGAUGAUCCAUAUGUUUGUCUACAUGGCUUGCCACUUCCGAUAUCUGAAAAUGAUGUAAAGGAUUUUUUUCAUGGGUUGAGAGUAGAUGGUGUAGUAAUUUUAAAAGACCCCAUGGGACGUCCCAAUGGUAGCGCUCUGGUGAAGCUUCUCACUCCCCAUGAUACAUUUGAAGCCCUGAAACGGAAUAGAAUGCUAAUGGGACAGCGUUUUGUUGAAGUCAGUCCUGCAACUGAGAGACAAUGGGUAGUUUCUGGUGGUCAUAUAAUAAAACAUAAUAUAGGGCAUCAUGGACCUCCCCAUUUAAUGCAGCAGUCAAUGCCCAGAUCCAAAUCUCCCAGUGCACACCAACGUUCGAGGUCCAGAUCCCCUCAUGAACAUGGCUUCUGUGUUUAUUUAAAAGGUUUGCCAUAUGAAGCAGAAAACAAACAUAUUAUUGAUUUCUUUAAAAAAUUAGACAUUGUUGAGGAUAGCAUAUACAUAGCCUAUGGACCCAAUGGCAAAGCGACAGGUGAAGGUUUUCUGGAAUUUAGAAAUGAGGCAGAUUAUAAAACUGCAUUGUGUCGUCAUAAGCAGUACAUGGGAAGUAGAUUUAUUCAAGUUCAUCCUAUAUCUAAAAAGGGAAUGCUUGAAAAAGUAGAUCUGAUACGUAAAAAACUGCAGAGCUUUAACUAUCUUGACCACAAAGAUGGUUCUCUGGAUGUUGAUUUAGAAAAACAUAUGCCCAGACUGUGGUGCCAUUUGUCAAAUUUACCUUACAAUAUCUCAAGGAAAGAUGUUCUUCAGUUUUUCCUUUUGGAAGGUAUAGUGGUUGAGGAGAAUAGUGUACAGGUUCUGACCGAUAACAAUGGGCAAGGAUUAGGGCAAGCCCUUGUUCAGUUCAGAAGUGAGGAUGAUGCCCAUAAGUCUGAGCGCCUUCACCGUAAGAAGCUGAAUGGACGAGAUGCAUUCUUGCAUCUAAUUAAUGCUGAGGAGAGGCAGGAGAUUGAAAACAAUCCUCCAUUGCAAGGUAGAAAAGGGUAUAAAAUGCAGAAUUAUUCUAAUCCCCCAUCUGGAGGGAUCUGUUCUGGUGGAGAUGAAUUUGCUUUUGCAAGUAAUUUAAAAGAAAAUAACAGUGGUCCAAAUUUUAACUUCCCAGGAAACUUUACUGGUCCAUCUAAUACGUUUGGUCCUCCUGUUCCACCACCUGUUAUAGGAGGCAAUUUUGUAGAUCAGAGGCCACCACCUCCAACGGUCUCGACAAAUGUGACAAAUGCUUCAAUGGAUCCCCAAAGUUUUGGAAGCGGUCCAAAUAAUUUUAGUGGACCACCUUCUGCUUUUGGAAAUGCGCCGCCACCAUUUGGCAGUGCUCCUUCGAAUACAAAUGUUCCACCUAACUUUAAUGCUGCCCCUCCAAGCAUAGGUAGUGGUCCUGGGUUAAAUGCUCCCCCAGGUUUUGGUCCAGGAAAUAUGCAAAUGAGUGGUCCCCCAGGCUUUGGGUCUGGGUCUGGAAAACCUGGGCCAACUGUUAUUAGAGUGCAGAAUAUGCCCUUUACAGUUUCAGUAGAUGAGAUACUGGAUUUCUUUUAUGGCUAUCAGCUGAUCCCUGGGUCUUUGUGUUUAAAAUAUAGUGAAAAGGGCAUGCCAACAGGAGAAGCCAUGGUUGCUUUUGAAUCCCGAGAUGAAGCCAUGGCAGCAGUAGUUGAUUUAAAUGACAGACCGAUUGGCUCAAGAAAAGUAAAACUUGUUUUAGGAUAA